AUGCAAUUUCUGUCCCAGCUUAGCCCAACAGCUCAGUGGAGCACCCAUUGCUACCUGGCAUGUGUGUUCAUCAUGAUGGCGUGCUCUGGACCAGUUUCACCCCUUCAUGCCCCUCCAGUGACCACAGGUCUCCGCUCUGCUUUCUCUGCCACACGAACCAACAACGUAGUGGGAGGCAAGCAGAAGGCUGUGACUUUCAACAGGCUCAUGGUCAACAUUGGAGGGGACUUCAAUCCAGACACGGGCCACUUCCGCUGCCGCAUCCCCGGGGCAUAUUAUUUCUCCUUUUCUGUGGGGAAAUUUCCAAAGAAAAUGCUCUCUGUGAUACUUGUGAAGAACGGAGAGGAGGUGCAGGCUAUAGCCUAUGAUGACUACCGCAAGAAAGGGAGGAAAGUGCAAAGCCAAAGUGUGAUGAUCAGUUUGAAGGAAAUGGACACAGUUUGGCUGCUUUUACAACAAAGUCCCCAGUAUGCUCUGUACAGCAACGCUGGCCCUUACAUCACCUUCUCCGGUUACCUCGUCUAUCCUGACACCACCCCAACCAGCUACAUCACCAACCACCUGUCCCCACCGGACCUGUCCUACCCAAACUGCCCCCCUCAGGCUGACCCCAGGGCCAGAGGUCAGGCUUCAGAGCAGCCACGGUCUGCCUUCUCUAUGGCAAGGACGUCCACACUCAUGGGCCAGAGCAGCAGGCAGCAGGACAAGCCGCCUCUGACCUUUGAUGUGGAAUAUGUCAACAUCGGGGGGCAUUUCAACAAAACCUCGGGCCUGUUCACAUGCCACUUCCCAGGUGCGUACUUCUUCGCCUUCACUGUGGGGAAACACCCUCGCAAGGCCGUUUCAGUGAAGCUGAUGACGGGGAAGGGCGAGGUGCAGGCGAUGGUGUUUGACGAGGACACAUCGAAGAGAAGGGAGAUGCAGAGUCAGAGCUUGCUGCUGUCUCUCCGCCGGGGCGACAGCGUGUGGCUGUACAGUCAGCAGGAUGAGCGUUAUGCUGUCUACAGCAACCAGGGCAGGUACACCACCUUUUCUGGCUUCCUGGUUUAUCCUGAGGCUGAAACACUCACGCCUCCCACCACACAGGACAGAACUCACCUCUAA